UUGACGAAUAACGAGCAUAACCCCGGUAAUGUAACCCAAUGUGGUAUGAUUUACUCCGUAUAAAUAGUGGCGAGAAGGGGUUUCGAAUCGAAAUAAAGCAAUUCAAACAAUUUCAUUUGGAUCCCUGAAGAUUUUGCGUACCUGUGGAGUUUCUGAGACAGCUGUCAAGAUGGGUUUGACUUUUACCAAGCUUUUUCAACGGCUCUUUGCCAAAAAGGAGAUGCGCAUCCUAAUGGUAGGGCUUGAUGCAGCUGGUAAGACUACCAUUUUGUACAAGCUCAAGCUGGGAGAGAUCGUCACCACAAUUCCAACUAUUGGAUUCAAUGUAGAGACAGUUGAAUACAAGAAUAUCAGCUUCACUGUUUGGGAUGUGGGGGGCCAGGACAAGAUUCGACCACUUUGGAGACACUACUUCCAGAAUACUCAGGGUCUUAUCUUUGUGGUAGACAGCAAUGAUAGGGACCGUGUAGUUGAGGCAAGGGAUGAGCUUCACAGGAUGUUGAAUGAGGAUGAGUUGCGAGAUGCUGUGCUCCUUGUGUUUGCAAACAAGCAGGAUCUUCCAAAUGCUAUGAAUGCUGCAGAGAUCACUGACAAGCUUGGUUUGCACUCUCUACGUCAGCGCCAUUGGUAUAUUCAGAGCACUUGUGCUACAUCUGGUGAAGGCUUAUAUGAAGGCCUGGAUUGGCUUUCAAACAACAUUGCAAACAAGGCUUGAGGAUGAAACGUGGACAAGUAAAGGGGUGCAUUUUUACAGGACUGCAUUGGAAUUAUGAUAGCUGCAGUUAUUCUAUUCUAUUAGACAUUUUGUAGUGGGUCUGGCUAUAAUAUAUCUAUGAAUUCUUUUCUAUUCUAUUUUUUCUGGCCAACUUUGUGUUCGUCUGUACUGGGAAGUUGGUUUAUUGUGGAGUAUUUUCAAGUCUAAAGAAGUAACCUAUUAUAUAGAGCCCCAGUUUUGUGGUUUUAUUUGCUUGUGGUAUGUUCAACUUUGAAGAGCGAUUUAUAUAUAUAGAACCUCCAUUUCUGUGUUUUCA